AUGACAGACGGAAUUGACUACGCGGUCAUCAACCCCGACCAGAAAUGGCGCAUGCUGUGCAAGCAGUGGCGCUUCGUACUAUGGGCCCUCUGGAUAUCAAGCGGCGUGACAAUGCAGGGCUUUGAUAUAGUCGCUGGAGGUCAGCUUGCUGCACUUCCCGCUUUUCAGAAACAAUUCGGUUUACUCCAGCCAACUGGAGGCUAUCUCAUUCCCGCUCAUUAUCUCGCAGCUUGGAACUCCAUUGCCCCUGCAUGUGAAGUGGCGUCCACAUUUGUCUUUGCCCCGCUCCUAGAGAAGUACGGACGCAGGCCUGGCAUUGUUGUGGCUAUUAUGAUAUCUAUCGCAGGGGUUAUUCUCCAGCAACUUGCCACAAACUGGCGCGUACAUCUGGCUGGCCGAGGUGUCAAUGGAAUUGCCAUUGGCAUGAUGUUCACUAUCUCUCCUCUCUGGAUUGGGGAAACAUGCCGACCAGAAUUACGAGGCUUUUUUCUCUGCUUUUUCAAUACUAGCAUUGUUUUUGGCCAGUUCGCAAUUGUCGUGGUUUCAAAAGGAAGCAGCCAUAUUGACGGGAAAUGGCAAUGGUGGCUCCCCAUAGUCGCAAUGUAUAUUUUCCCGCUCAUUCUUGCGGUAGGUUGGUCCUUCUUCCCGGAGUCGCCAUACUGGUUAGUCAGAAAUGGAAGGUCGGUUGAAGCCAAGAAAGCUCUCCGGAGAGUAUACGGGUUCAAAGACGACACCUUCUAUGAUGUCGAGGUCCGAAGAAUGGAGGAAGAGGUUCGAAUGGCGACAAAUAUCCAAGGAACAGCAGAAGGACCAAGGCAGAUACUCAUGGGAAUUGAUAUAUCGGCAGAAUUCGAGUGCUUGCGAGGCACAAACCGUAAGCGAACCUUAACCGCUAUCUUCGCUGCCAGCGGCCAGCAGAUGAUUGGUGCAACAUUUGUUAUUGGAUAUGCAACCUAUUUUCUUGAACUUAUUGGAGUCAAAGACUACUUUGAUGCCUCGGUUGUUCUCUACAUCGUCAUGUUGCUGUCAAGUGUCGCAGCCUUUCCUCUAACGGAGAUACUGGGCCGUCGAACUUUAAUCGUCUGGCCACAAUUUGCUCUAUGUUUUAUGCUUCUGGUCAUUGGAAUAAUGGGGUGCGUUCCCGAUCAGACCAAAGCCAGUUGGGUCAUUGUUGUCUUCAUUUAUCUUUGGGCCAUUAUAUUUCAAUUCUCCAUUGGAGCCACAGGCUUUGUGUUGGCAUCGGAAAUCGCUACCAUGCGACUUCGUGGUGCCACACAAGGUUUGAUCACUAUUUCGAAUGCAGUCUGGGGUCUCAUUAUGCAGUUUACAAUCCCAUACAUGAUCAACCCCGACGCAGGUAACCUCGGUGGUAAAGUAGGUUUUAUUUUUUUCGCCACCGGUAUUGUUGCUGCAAUCGGAGGGGAGCCUCAUUUGAAAGGCUAG